AUGAAUCUUGGUGCUGAUACACUUCGAUGGGGUGGGGCUGUUUUCACUCCUGACAACGAAGAAUUAAGCGCUCAAAUGGGAAGCGGUGUUUUCGAAGAAGGGAACGCUUGGCGCACAGCUUACAUGAAUACUCUUAGACUUAGGAGCUACCAGUCACCCAACCCUGCGCCUCCUAAUAACGAUUACAUUGUAGCUGACGAAUCUCGUUGCUAUCUUACGGGAGAUAAUGGAGUUAUACCAGCGGAAGAAAUGAAGAUGAAUUAUUUGAAGACAGAGCAACACAAGCAUAUUACUAAAACCAUCAAAACAGCUUAUGGUGAUAUUUAUGACUGCACCCUCAUAUACAAGCAACCUGGUUUGAACCAUCCUUUAUUGAAAAAUCACAAAGUUCAGAUGAGACCAGGCAAGGAGGUAUAUGAUGCAUUAAAUAAAAAGAAUGCAAAAGGAGGAAGAAGGAAGCAGGUGAAGGUGGAGCUUGACGAGGGGUGCCCUCCAGGAACUGUUCCCAUUCGAAGGAUUACCCAAUACAAUUUCUCAAAAGAUUCUACUACUACAACAACUACUUCCAUCUUCAAUAGCUCUCGUAGACUUGCUCAAUUGGCAACAUCGUAUGGCUUUGAGUUUGCAGGAAUACAGACGGCAAAGGGUGCUGCAGGUCAAUAUCUUGGAGCUGCAGCCUCCAUGAGUGUUUGGAACCCAAAGCUUAAUGGGGCUCACCAAUAUAGCUCUUCAUUGAUUAUUGUUGAAAGUUUUGAUCAUUCAAACUUAAUACAUGUUGGAUGGACGGUAAAUCCAGAUGUGUACGGUGAUAGUCUCACACAUCACUAUUUGUUGUGGACAGCCGACAACUAUAAGACCACUGGUUGCUUUAAUACUCAUUGUCCAGGCUUUGUACAAACAAGUAGUACAACUCCUAUUGAUAGUACAAUAACAGAUAUAUCUAUUCGAGGUAAAGUGCAACGUCACUUUACCGUCGAAGUCACACUGGAUUCAGCUGCUCAAUGGUGGCUGCUUUUGGGAGGGACUCCGGUGGGAUAUUGGCCGAACAAUGUGUUCAAAGGCAUGAAUCUUGGUGCUGACACACUUCGAUGGGGUGGGGCUGUUUUAACUCCUGACAACGAAGAAUUAAGCGCUCAGAUGGGAAGCGGUGCUUUCAAAGAAGGGAGCGCUUGGCGCACAGCUUACAUGAAUACUCUUAGAGUUAGGAGCUACCAGUCACCCAACCCUGCGCCUCCUAAUAACAAUUACAUUGUAGCUGACGAAUCUCGUUGCUAUCUUACGGGAGAUAAUGGAGUUAUACCAGGUACAGUUGACGACUAUGUCUUCUGUUAUGGCAGUCGUAUUCGUAAUGGCCAGUGUAUUUAA